AUGGCCAACAUCGAGACAGACAGAGCCGGAAUGGCUGCUUUGGCAAAGGUAGCCAGGAGCGGCGGCUCCAUCAUACAUGGUCCGGACCAACCGGGAAUCAUCAACAAGACAUUCGGCAAUCUCAUACGUGAACAAGCUCGGAAAAGGCCUGACGCAUUGCUGGUGGCUUCUCACCAUCAGCGCAAGAGUCUCACAUACGCCCAGGCGAACGACAGAAGCGACCGUCUUGCACAGGGGCUGGCUUCACUUGGUGUCCAACGUGGAGACCGCGUGGCCAUACUCAUGGGCAACGAGAUUGAGUAUGUGGAAAUCUUCUUCGCCUGCACCAAACUCGGAGCUUUGGUGACCCUAGUCAACUAUGCGUACACUGAGCAGGAGCUUCACUCGGUCAUAUCAUCUUGCGGAGUCUCAGUCCUUGUCAUGGUCCCCGGUUUCGACAGGUAUGACUACAAGCCAUGGGUACGCAACUUAAAGGCCGGAGUUCCGUCCCUGGAAACGAUCAUUGUCGCACACUCGAACGGAGAGUUUGGCGAUGUAUCCCUGGACUACGAAGAGGUUCUCAGAAGCGGUAUGAAAGACGUUGUUGAUCUACUUGCAAUCCAAGAUACCUUGGACGGCAGGGACAUGAUGAACCUCCAGUUCACCAGCGGCUCCACGGGCCUUCCCAAAGCCGCUGCCCUGACUCAUCAAGGGAUCUACAACACGGGAAGAUUCAUUGGAGAUACCAUGUAUCUAAAGGCGUCGGACAGAGUGUGUCUUCCAGUUCCCUUCUUCCACAGCUUCGGGCUCAUUAUCGGUCUGGCCACCGUCGCGGCUCACGGAGCCUCAAUAAUCCUUCCCGACAACCAUUUUAACAUCGAGGCGACUCUGGUCUGUAUUCCAAAAUAUCAAUGCACUGGGCUGUACGGAGUCACUACCAUGUUCGUGGCGGAGAUGGCCCAUCCCAACUUCAGCAGAUACAAUCUUGACAGUCUACGAUUCGCAAUACUUGCAGGUUCAGCUGUUCCCGAAGCGCUCAUGAGGCACGUGUGGUCCGUUUUUGGAAUCACCCAAACACACACAAACUGGGGCAUGACUGAAGCUUCGUCCAUCGUUACGAUGACGCGGGAUACAGAUACGAUCCCUCAACGCACUAUCACUUCGGGACGACUGUUCCCCGGAUUCUCCGCACGUAUCGCGGAUCCUUCGACCGGAAGAACUGUACCGUGGGGAGAGCGAGGAGAGAUUCUGCUCCGCGGAUACGGCGUUCAGACAUGCUACUAUGGGAAUGAUGCGAUGACUGGGAAGGCCCAUCAAACAUCAGAUGAGGACGGGCUAGAGUGGUUUCAUACCGGAGAUGAAGGGUAUUUGGACGAGGAGGGAUUCUUCGUGAUCACGGGCCGCAUCAAGGAUAUGAUCAUUCGCGGCGGAGAAAACAUCGCGCCCCUAGAGAUCGAAGAACGCCUGGUAGCUCAUCCGGCUAUAUCUCAAGCAGCUGUUAUUGGCGUGCCAGAUGAGAAAUAUGGGGAGCAAAUUUGUGCCUUUGUUGAGCCAUCUUCCGACAGCAGCAGUGGCAGCAGGCCAACGGACAGAGAACUACAGACCUGGGUAGCAGAGACGCUGGCAAGAUUUAAACAACCAAAGUACAUAAUAUGGCUCGGCUCGCACGCAGACUUUUGCGUUUGGCCUAAGACGGCGAGCGGAAAACUGAGGAAGCCGGACUUGCGGCUCCUUGCUCCAGGGAUCCUGGCAACAAAAGGGGGCGAGAAUGCGUUGCCUAGACCCAGACUUUGA